UGAUUUGGACCUUGAGCAGCUCAAGUUGAGCUGUCAUAAUAAUGACCAGUAAAAACAGGCUAUAGACUAUAGUUAUCUAUUUUGGCAGCUAACCUAAAAUAAAAUCAACAUUUGAAACAUUUAUAAUUAAAAUCAAUUACAAUUACAAUUCCAAGAUAAAAAAUUAGAUAAUUAGUUUUAAGAGUUGAACAAUUAAAUGUUGGACUGUUGUUCUCAGUAUGUAUGUUACGUACGAUAGUGUAAUAGUGUUUAUUAGUUUAUAAAAACUAUAAAAUGAGUUCAGUUAAGGAGUAUCACAAUUUUUUACAAGAUAGAAAGGAUGAAUUUAGCAAUGUUUUGUUUAUGUCGAAAGCGGUGAGAGCUAAGAAGUCUUUUUACCAAAAAAAGUCUUUAUCUCCUGCUGACCACAAAGUGGAGGUUUUAAAGAGCAAAAAAAUACAAGAGUUAAUCAAAACUGUAUCAAAGCAAGAAAAUAUAGCAAAGGAAAAACUGCUAGAACAAGUUCAAGAGAUUUUAAACGAAAUAGGAUAUAAUAAGAACUGGAAAGUUAUCCGAUCUCUGGGUUUAUUGUUGACUAAAAUAUGUUUGAAAACUUGCUCGGGAUUGUAUUUAAAUGUCGCUGGAGUUAAACUGCUUAGAAGUAAAAUGGGCAAUUGCCCAGUAAUAUUUGUGCCUACACAUAGAAGUUAUGCUGACUUUAUACAACUCUCAUAUGUGUGUUUUACAUAUGAUUUAGCUAUUCCUGCUAUAGCUGCUGGCAUGGAUUUUUACCAGAUGUGGGGUAUGGGAACUCUCCUUAGAGAUACAGGAGCAUUUUUCAUGCGUCGUUCCUAUAACAACGAUAGUUUAUACUGGACAACUUUCAAACAAUACAUUUACCAAUUAGUCACCAAUGGAGAAUUGCCUCUGGAAUUUUUUAUUGAAGGAACUAGAAGUAGAAGUGGCAAAUCGUUGGCACCAAAAUAUGGUCUUCUAUCAAUGAUUUUAAAAGCGUUCUUCUUGUCUCAAGUCCCUGAUAUAAUGUUUGUUCCCAUUAGUAUUUGUUAUGAUAGAGUUUUGGAGGAAAAUUUGUUCACCUUUGAACAUUUAGGAGUGCCAAAACCCAAGGAAUCCACAUCAGGAUUUCUAAAAUCAAUGAAAAUCCUUAAGGAAAAAUUUGGUGAUACUUAUGUCCACUUUGCGCCGCCACUGUCUGCAAAAGAAAUAUUCGCCGACAAAAUGGACAGGUCCGCGCACAAUUUGGCACCACUGCAUCAACAAGAACUAACCAAUCAAGAAAAAAGCUUGUUGCCCAUUAUGGGACACUCCAUACUAAAAAGCCAGCAAAAACAUUCUGUCAUCACUGUUUUUAAUUUGAUUGCGAUGAUUUUGAAUGAUAAUUUGAGCAGGGAGAAUACCGCUCUUACUUUAGGGGAAUUACAUGAAAGACUGAUAUUUUUAAAGAAUUCUCUUGAAGUAAUGGGUGCAUACAUCCCUUACAAAAACCAAGAAGACGUCUUGAAAGCCCUGAGUGUUCACUCCAACUUAGUUCAAGUAGUAAAAGAUAAAGUCAAUAUUAUUUUUAAUAGUGUGGUUUUGGGGGAUAUCAAAACCUCGCACUUGAAAGGUCACGCUUUGACAGAUAAAACCAUGUCGCGUUCUGUACCGCUUGUUAUGCUGCAAAUUUACGCGAAUCCUGCUAUACAUUUGUACAUUGAUUUGUGUUUUGUUGUCACUAUUUUAAGGGUGAAUCCAGAAUUAACAAAAGAUGUAUUAUUUAGACGUUUUUCUUUCCUAAAAAAAAUAUUUUCAUUGGAGUUUGUUUCCUAUGAACCUUGGAUAAAUGAGGAAUUCGUAAAUGCGUUGGAAUUAGGAACAAAAUUAAAGAGUAUUACCAGAACAAAUGGUUUAUAUUCCAUAGGAAAUAAUAAUUUACUAAAUAACAUAUUAUGGAGUAAUAUAGAAGCAUAUUUUUUGUCUUAUUACAGCAUUUUAACUAUAUUGAAAGAUUUUUCUAAUUUAUUAGAUGAAAAGUCAAUUUAUGUAAAAGCUCAACAAGCCUUAGAAAUCCAAAUAAAUAAUAUGAAUACAACUUUCAUACAUCCAUAUAGUUUGAGUUUGGACUCUCUUAACAAUUGUUUAAAUUCCUUAUCCCUCCAAAAAAUCAUUAUCAAAACAAGAAGAGAUAACAAAAUCUAUUAUGAUGCCAAUACCAUUGUCAUACAGGAAAUUAGUCAACAAUUUGAUUUAUACAUUACCAAACUUCAACUAGUCAUUGAGUGUCAUCAAAUAUUAAAUAAGCUUUAAAUAUUAUUUAUGAAAAUAUUCGCUAAAAGUUACACAAUUUUUUGUUUUAAUGUUUAGUCUCAUGCGCCAAAAUGUAUUAAUUUUAUUAUAGCACAAUUUAAAAAAAUAAAGAUAUCUUUUUGGGAUUUUUUUAAUUGUUAAUUCUUACUUAUACGUAUUAUUUUUGAAAGUUAGUAUUUAGAAUUUUUUAUUAUCAAAAAAU